AUGAACUAUUCUAUGCGUGAAAUAAUUUCCAUACAUGUCGGACAAUGUGGUGUACAAUUUGGUAAUGCUUGUUGGGAAUUAUAUUGCUUAGAACAUGGAAUUCAACCGGAUGGUAAUAUGCCACCCGAUAAAAAUUGUGGUGGACGUGAUGAAUCAUCUUUUAAUACAUUUUUCAAUGAAAAUGGAUGUGGAAAACAUGUGCCCCGGGCAAUUUUUGUUGAUUUAGAACCAACAGUUAUCGAUGAAGUCCGAACUGGAACAUAUCGGCAAUUAUUUCAUCCAGAACAGCUUAUAACAGGUAAAGAAGAUGCGGCUAAUAAUUAUGCACGCGGACACUACACAAUUGGUAAAGAGAUAAUUGAUUUAGUUUUGGACAGAAUACGAAAAUUAGCAGAUCAAUGUCCUGGCUUACAAGGAUUUUUUAUAUUUCAUUCAACUGGCGGCGGUACAGGAUCUGGUUUUGCUGGAUUAUUAAUGGAACGUUUAUCAAUUGAUUAUGGGAAAAAAACGAAACUAGAAUUUGGUAUAUAUCCAGCACCAUGUAUUGCUUCUGCUGUUGUUGAACCAUAUAAUGCUGUUUUAAAUACUCAUAUCAAUAUGGAACAUUCUGAUUGUACAUUUAUGGUAGAUAAUGAAGCAAUUUAUGAUAUUUGCCGCCGUAAUUUAGAUAUCGAAAGACCUACGUAUACCAAUUUGAAUCGUUUAUUAGCACAAAUUGUGUCAUCAAUAACCGCAUCUCUACGUUUUGAUGGUUCUCUAAAUUGUGAUUUGAAUGAUUUUCAAACAAAUGUGGUACCAUAUCCUAGAAUACAUUUUCCAUUAGUCACUUAUGCACCUAUAAUUUCUGCUGAACGUGCUUUACAUGAACAAUUAACAUGUGCUGAAAUAACUAAUGCAUGCUUUGAACCUGCAAACCAGCUUAUUAAGUGUGAUCCUCGUAAUGGUAAAUACAUAUCUUGCUGCAUGUUAUAUAGAGGUGAUAUAGUUCCAAAAGAUAUAAACAGCGCUAUUGCAACAAUAAAAACAAAGAAAACAAUUCAAUUUGUUGACUGGAGUCCUACUGGUUAUAAGAUCGGAAUAAAUUUUCAACCAUCAACUGUUGUACCUGGCGGAGAUUUAGCGAAAGUUCAACGAUCAUUAUGUAUGGUAGCGAAUACAACAGCGGUAGCUGAAUCAUGGGCUCGUUUAGAUCACAAAUUUGAUUUAAUGUAUUGUAAGCGUGCAUUUGUCCAUUGGUUUGUGGGUGAAGGUAUGGAAGAAGGUGAAUUUUCAGAAGCUAGAGAAGAUAUGGCUGCUUUAGAAAAGGAUUACGAAGAAGUUGGUAUGGAUUCAAGUUUUGCAGAAGAUGAAAAUGAAGAAUAUUAA